AUGGUCGCAUUGCAGCCGAUUUUCAAGAAGGCCUAUUGGACCCUUGCAGCUGGUGGUCUCGUCUAUGUUCUUUUCAUCACUUCUUUGACGUUUCCGGAGGUGCAGCGCUUCUUUUUAUACGCGCACAAGGUCAAUCCAGCAUACUGGCAGGAUGUCAACCAAGUGGAGCAAUUUGGCUUCUUGAAAACUCAGGUGCAGCCAUUUCAUCUGGUGACACCCGAUAACGAAACGCUCUAUGGGUGGCACUUAAUGCCACUGCAUCUGUGUCACGAGCAUGAAGAGGGGCUUAUGGAGCAUCCUCCUUCGGGACCAGCUGAAGACUACACGCAAACGAAUGCUUUCAAGUUGCUGGCCGAGAACCCGAAUGCUCGGGUUGUAGUGAGCUUCCACGGGAAUGCCGCUCAUCUUGGCUCUGCCCAGCGGCCUGCCAACUACAACGUCUUGUUGGGUCUUUCCACCCCCUCGCAUCCAAUUCACGUCUUUGCCCUUGAUUAUCGAGGAUUCGGCGUCUCGACUGGUACUCCAACGGAGGAAGGACUGAUUACUGACGGUGUUUCCCUCUUGAAUUUCUUGACUGCUGGUCCUCUGAGCAUUCCUCCUUCACGGAUAGUCAUUAUGGGUCAGAGUCUGGGUACAGCAGUGACUGCAGCUGUGGUCGAGCGAUUCGCCUUUGGCUCGCCUGACCCAGCCGCUGUCCAGCCAGCUCUCAAGGAUCCUGAGCCGUUUGCGGGGGUCAUUCUUCUGGCAUCCUUUAGCAAUCUAGCGAGUCUCAUCAAGUCUUACAGCGUGAAGGGCUUGACCCCUCCGAUGUUGUCUCCCUUGGUUGGCUACCCUCGUUUCCAGAAAUGGGUUAUGAGCCACAUUGUGGAUAGCUGGGACACAGCUGAACGUGUUGCUCGAUUGGCCGGCGUCAAUUCCACCACUAGUCACGACCCGCACGGAUCUGGUCGCAUCCACAAGGAUCUUGACCUCACUAUCAUCCACGCCAAGAAUGACAUCGAGAUUCCCUGGCGUGAAGGUCGCCGAGUCUGGACUGCGGCGACUGGAGAACAUAGUGAAAAGCGUGACGGUAGCGUGGUAUAUAGCAUCGAGGCUGCCAGCGGGUCUCAGAUCGAGGUCUGGGAAAGCAAGGUACCGACCAGAGAUGGGUCCGAGGCUACGAAGAAAGUUCGCUGGGAGCGAGUUCAGUACGGAGGUAAGUCUGCCUUUCUCAAAGAAUCUUUCUGGCUCAUUCGCCAGAACAAAAAGUUCGAUGAAGGGCGAUGCGCUAAAGAUUCGUCUAUCGAGCACUAG